AAAAUUAACAUUGACAUUAUAUUUUAUUAUAAAAUAAUAUAAUGUAAUUGGUACUAUUGGUACUAAUAAUAUUACAAUAUUAUACUGUUACUUGGUCAUUGGUCACUGAUUUUUACUACUACCUAGUUACUUUUUGACUAAUUUACAUCUCACACUUGUGUCUUGUACUCUUGUACUCAGUAGUCAGCACUCACUUGAGCACCUCGGUACAUUGUCAUUAUAUAUUUUAUAUUUUCAAUUAAUUACUUGGUUGUACUGACAGUAAUUUUAUAAACAUUUUAAUUUUAAAAACCCUUAAAAAAUAUUUCUUCUCAAAAAAUGUCCACGUCCAACUAUGAUCCUCAUAAAAUAUAUGAAAUCGGUUUCAUAGGGUCUGGAAAUAUGGCUCAAGCUAUUGGACUUGCUUUUAUCAAGAAAGGUGUAUGUAAAGCGGAAAAUUUAAUUGUAUCAUCACCUUCAGAAAAUAAUAAAAAAGUAUGGAGAGAUAUUGGUGCUGCUGUAACAACUGAUAAUAAUGCUGUGUUUUGUAAUACUAAAAUAGUAUUUUUAGCAACAAAACCCCAAUAUUUCCCAAAGGUCGUAUCAGAAUUAUUUACAACAGUUUUUGGUUCCUUAAAUAUUUUAAUAUCAAUUAUGGCUGGAAUACCACUAGAUAUAUUACAAGAGUCAUUCAAGGUAAACCCUAGCGUUUUAUUCAAAGUUAUUCCAAAUACACCUAGUCUUAUCGGAGAAGGAUUUUCAGUAAUUUCUCAUCUAAGUGAUGCUAACUUGGAGGAAAUUUCUGUAACUUUGCCAAAAGUUAAAUUCUUAAUGAGUGCCGUAGGGGGUGUAGAAGUUAUACCAGAAUCCUUAACGAAUGCAGCUGGAGCUAUUUCGGGUUCUGGUCCUGCUUAUGCAUUUCUUAUAAUUGAAGCAUUGGCCGAUGGUGGUGUAAAACAAGGCAUUCCGCGUGACUUAGCUGUACGUUUAGCAGCUAGUGCUAUAGUAGGAGGAAGUCGUAUGGUUUUAGAAACAGGAAAACAUACUGGCCAACUUAAGGAUAUGGUAACAUCUGCUGGGGGAUCAACAAUUGCAGCUUUACAUGCUUUAGAAAAAGGAGGUGUUAGAUUUUCCAUGAUGGAUGCAGUUGAAGCAGCUACCAAUAGAUCAAAAGAAAUGGGAGAAAAAAAAUAAUAGUCAUGAUUGCAUUUUAUAAUGGUCUAUGAUUAGUAAUGUAAUUAUAAUAGUAAAAUAUAAAUAUAAUACAGCAUGAAAAAUA